AUGACACUGCGUAAACUAAGGUUUCAUCUAAUCAUUAUCGCUGUUUCCGCGUGUGCAUGUCUUUCCCUAAUUUCUCUACACAUUAAUAAGGCCGACUGGAUCCAGCUCCCUAAUGUUUUGUCCUAUGACGACGCCUCAAACGGCCGUGUAUCCCACCUCCACUUGCUAACUGUCGCCACAGAUAGCAACCUCAAUCUCUGCCGGUUGAUCUUUUCCAGUACUGUUCUUUCAUACCCAGUUCCCGUUCUCAUAGACUGGAAGGGUUCGGGAGAAUUCAAUGCAUCGGAAAGUCAUCUCGCCAAAAUUGAAGGACCGCUGCGCUACCUGAGAUCUCUGCCACCCCACAAGGACAACGACAUUGUCCUUUUAGUGGACGGCUACGACGUCAUCUUCCAACUUGGUCCCGAUGUUUUGCUGCAGCGUUAUUUUUCGGUUCUAGAUGAGGCUAAUACGCGAUUGAGGGCAAAAUUUGGCGAUGACUACGUGGAAAAGAGCGGAAUCUACAACAGCAUCAUCUUCGGUCCAGACAAAACGUGCUUUCCUCUUGAACAUUCUCAUCCAAGAUGUUGGGCUGUGCCUCCGUCGCCUCUGCCCCCGGACGCAUUUGGACCUAAUACAGACAAGGAUAUGGAGCACCAUCGUCCCCGCUGGCUCAAUUCAGGAACUAUCAUGGGCCCCGUCGCGGAGGUGCGGGCCUUUUUCCAAGCAACUAAGGACAAGGUGAAAGACACCUUUGAUCCAGACAAUAUAUCUCGCAAUUCUGAUCAGAUGUAUAUGGCCAAUCUGUUUGCAGAUCAAGAAUACGCUCGCACCAUUUUUGCGCCGGGCCAACCUGAGCUUCCAAAUACAGAAGACAAAAUUAUUCCAGACCUGAAUGAUGGCCGCCGGAAGGAAUUCCAUGUUGGUCUUGAUUACGAAUCAAGGAUGUUUCAGACCUGUGCUGGAUACGAGGGCUUUCUGGAUUGGACGACAUUUGACCAACCAAGCCCACAUUCUAAUCUAAAAUCGCCAAGUUCUAAAGGCAUCAUCAGCCUUCAAGAAGAUGUUCUGUCGUCAAGGAAGCCUUUUGCCGCUAUUGAUGACGACAAAGCCUUGCGUGAUACGUCUUGGACAAGUGUCUCGCUUGGCGUCAAUAUGGUGUCCGGCUUCAUCUUUCCGGUGUUGCAUUUCACAAGUGACAAGUCGCUGCGAGACCGGUGGUGGCCUCGGAUGUGGUUUUACCCACAUGCUGAACGUCUUCUAGUUGCUUGUAGCAAGAUCAAGAAGUCUCUGAUAAGCAACCAGCUAAUUAAUGGCACGCGUUGGAUGAAUGAUGAGCCAUACAAUAUCCAGGAAGGUAACGUGGGGUAUAUUGGGGCCGUGAGCGACCUUGGAGAGCAUUUAUCUUGGAAGAAGAUUUGCGGUGAGCACGAAGAAACACUCUACAGUGCAGAAUAAUGAUCCUGAAUCUCUCUCGUUUCACUACGCAAAUCUUUCCCUCGGGAAAGAAGGAAGAUUUGCAUACGACCUUAUGAAGGUUUAAGCUACUUCAAUGCUAGCCAGUAGCGGUUUUAGCCCACCAAGUCUUCAAGUCCUUCACGAAC